AUGUCAUCUGAACAAGACGGCACACCAUUAAAUCAAUCAAAUACAUUGCCAAUACCAGAUGAGCUAAAAACUCCGGCACCUACCCCUAAUGAUGGUAUAGAUUCAGUCCCAGUCAUACCUACAAGUCGUCCACAUAAGAGACAAACGCUAGCUUCUAUACCAGUAUCAGAAGCUAAAUCGGGAGAUAAUGUGGAACCACAUCCAUCUUUACCAAAAGGCAGGCCUGUUAAUAGAUCCAAAACCUCAGCAGAUUUAGAGCCAGAGCAACAAAGAAAUCGUUCAUUAUCUCCAAAACUACCAGCUACUAGGCCAGCAAAAAAAAUGUCUACUAAAGACUUGGAUAUUUUAGUCGAUAACGAUAGUCAGAAAUUAAAGGAAACAAAUAUUCAAAGGAAACAGACAGGCGAUAUUAGCCCAGAAACCGAACCAAUUGUACCCAGUAGGCCUAAGCACGCAAUAACAGAAGUGGAACCAAUUCUAGCUAAAGAGCCAGUUGUUCCUCAAAGGCCUAAGCAAACAGUUUCAGAAACUGAGCCAACUUCUAUUCCUGAGCGUACUAUUCCUAGAAGACCAAAGACAACUUCAGAUUCGAACACUAUGGAUCCUGACACAAAUAUUGAAAUAGAAACUCCACAUAUUCCAUCAAGACCCUCAAGGGAAUCAACAACUGUAGUUUCUGAAAUAGAACGCCAAAUACCAAUCGAAGAAAAAGCAGCUCAAUCUGAAUUACAUAACCAAAUUAAAGAACCCUAUAUUCCUCAGAGACCAAAAAGAGAAAAUACAUCAGUUAUUUCCACUGAAGAACUAGAAGAGUCAGUUGCAGAAAAAGUUCAGGAACCAGUUAUCCCUACGAGACCAAAAAGUCCAGUUAAACUUAAUACACCAGAAUCAGGGUUCCAGAAAUUGAAUAAAACAGUUAAUGAAUCAUCUGGUUCUACACAUCAAAUAUCAGAAAACGUUAAUCCAAUGGAAGGUAACUUAAUAAUUGAACAGUUAAAAGGUAAGUUAACGAAAAUGCAAAAGCCAGCCUCAGAUGUUGAAAAUACUAUAGAAGAUAAGCCAACUGAAGACGACCUAAUUAUAAGCGCUUUGAAAUCUAAGUUAACUAAGCAUGAAAAGCAUGAGGAUACAACAAAGCCUGAAAAUGUAGGACGUGAAAAAUUAGAGACAAACGAAUCGCUGGAUGAACAAAUUGCAAUUGACCAGUUGAAAAAUGAACUAGUAGAAACAGAAAUGCCUAAUAUGGAAGAGAAUAUUGAAAAAAAUGUGUCUGAGAAAGUUGAAGCGGCAAAUUCUACCAAGGAAAAUUCUACUGAUGAAGACUUGACCCCCAAGUUAACAGAAUUUCAAAAGGCAGAAGUUCAGAAUGAGAUGUCAAUUCCAGAGAAUGAAGAAGCAAAUCUUGAAACAGAUAAGAUAUCAAAUGAAUCUAAAAGUACUAUUGGAGAUAGUAUCCCCGAUGUACCAUCUAGACCAUCCCAUCGUUUUACCCAGUCAAAAAACUCUGAAUUAGAUAACGGUUUAGAAAUUGACGUGAAGAAAGAAUCUCAACCAAAGGCAAGUGCAAGUUCAGAAGAGUUAGAAGUAAAACUUGAGGAAAAAAAUAAGGAUGACGGAGUAGAAUCGCCAAAAGCUGUAAAAAGGGAGGAACUUAAAGACGAGCCAAAAGUCAUCGAAAUUUCGAAACUAGAACCAAAGGAAGAAGUAGUAACAGAAUCUACCCUAAAGGCAGAAAAUGUAGGUGAAGAAAUUCCAACUACAACUAAUAGGCUAGAACCUAAAUCUGAUAAGUCUGAAGUUGUGAAACCAAAGAAGAAAGGUCCUCCACCACCACCAAAAAAGCCAUCAUCAAAGAUUGCUGCCUUACAUGAAAUGCUAAAGAGAAAGACAUUGCAAGAAAUUGAUGACACUGACGAAAAGCCUGCUAUUAAUGAGAUAAGUAAUGAAGUGGCACCUGAUCGUAAAGAAGCUAGUAGGUCACCGGUUAAUAAAUUUACUGGCGCAAAAGCUCAAUUUGCAAAUAAUUUAAACGGUCUAUUUGCCCUUCCAGGUAUGACUCCUCAAAACUUGCCACCAGCAUUAAGCAAAAAAUUAGCGCCUGCAUCUGAAAAUGCUGGCACUUCAAUCGCUACACAAGAUGAAUCACCUAAAACUGACUCAACAGUUACAUUGACUAAGCGUAGAGCCAAAGGGCCACGUGGUCGUAAACUACCAACUAAUGUGGCACAAAUUGAGAAAGUUGUCGUUGAAAAUAAUACAAAUGAAAUUCAAGUGUUUUCUACUUGGAAAGUUACUUGGCCAAGAAGUAAGUCAGAGCCUACAACAAUUGAGCCUUCUAAUAUAGAGGAAGCUACUGAACAGAUUACUAUUGCUAAGCCCUUAGCGGUUAAAAAUCCUCCAUUAGAAGCUUCUAUUGAAGAUGAAUCGUUGGCUUCAACUAAUAUUGAAAAAACUUCGAAUUCUAUUGAUAACUCAAAACAAGAACCAUAUGCAAAAAGUGAUUUGUCUGAAAAAAUUCAGGAAGAUGAAGUUGAAAUUUCGAAGCAUAAUAUUGAAGAUGAACAAUUUACCAUCAUCGAUAACCAGACUAUGAAUCCUACAGCAAAAAAACCUAUUUUAAAUGAGAAAUUUGAGACUGCAAAUAAUAAUAAAACACAAGUAGAUGAUGAUCAAGUUGCUGGGGAGAAGGAUAAUGUAACAAACGAUUUAACAAGUAGAUUACAAAAAGUUAUAAGUCAAGCGGAAGAAGCUAGAGAUUCAUUGAUAUCAGAAGAGAAUCUUUCAGUAUUGGAUGCGGUCGAUUCCAGAGAUCAACAAGGUAUUGCAGAAAGAUUUGAAAGUGAAUUAGAAAAAACAGUUGAAAAGCAAAUGGAAGCUGAGUUUAUGAAAAGUGAUCAAAACCUAGAAAAUUUACUCAAUGAAAUGGAGGAUCAUUUGUAA